AUAUUUCUCUUAUUUUAAUUUUAAAUUGUUUAAAAUAAAAGAUUAAUUUAAGGUUAAGUUGUUAAUAUGCCAACAGCUGGCCCUUUCGGGCUUGGCUGCCCAACACGUCUCAAUGGGGCAACUUUUUCUCUCUUCUCUGUCUCCUCCACGUUCUGCUCCUCCUUUUUGUCGGCAACUUCACCGGCGAAUCUUUUCUGCUUAUUCCGGAAUCGGAGUUUCUUCAUCUUUUGCCCCCGCUUCUACCUCGAAUCCGAAAGUCGUCGUCACCAGAGAACGCGGCAAGAACGGCAAGCUCAUUGAUGCUGUGGCCAAACUUGGGAUAAACUGUUUAGAGCUUCCCUUAAUUCAGCACGCACAAGGGCCUGAUCUGGAUAGACUUGCCUCCGUUUUAAGUGGUGAGUUCUCAAAUUUCUUGGUUAGAUAAUU